AUGUCACAUUCAACCGGUCCUGCUCAUCGCAGCGUAUCAAAUAUUCGCCCAUCCAUUAAUCCUCAAGGUGGUAGUGGCACUCCCUCAACUCCGCAUACCCACCUUCGACAAAUCUCGAAUUCAUUUGGCUCGCCAUCCACUCUGCGCGCAGAGGAAGAAUGUAUAGUUAUUGAGAUUGGAUGUCGAUAUGUGCAAGUCGGCUUCGCAGGCGAUGCAGGACCUAAAGCGGUGAUUAAUUUCGGGCCAGAAGAACAGAGAAGAGCGGGGGAUUUUAGAAGAUGGCAGCCGGGAUAUGAUAAAGCUUGGAGAGAGAGAGUACAUGGAAAGAAAUGGGGUGAGGCACAUGAGCUGUGGAAGUUGGAUUUGAGGGAUGUGGACUUGGGGUUGGUGGGAGAUAAGAUUGAAAGGGCUGUGAGAGAUGCUUAUACAAGAUUCCUACUUAUUGAUUCAAGGCCGAGAAAAGUAGCUCUGGCUCUCCCGUCUGCAUUACCUUUGCCGCUUCUUUCUACAAUUUUAGAUACGAUGUUUACGAAUUUUCAAUCUCCCAAUAUAUCUUUGCAUUCUGCACCAGCACUCACGACAGUGGCUGCAGGUCUUCGAGCUGCCAUGAUUGUGGAUAUUGGAUGGAGUGAAACUAUUGUGACUGGAAUAUAUGAAUUCCGAGAAGUAUUCAGCAACAGAUCUAUAAGGGCGACGAAGUUGUUAGGACAAGAGAUGCGGAAAUUGUUGGCUACCUCUUGUGAUCCAAAGAUAUUACAGCAGGAAUCAUCAGACGGCCGGCCAAACGUGGCACUGGAAGAAUUUAUGAGUUUUGAGGAGUGUGAGGAAAUAGUGAAUCGAAUGGCAUGGUGCAAACCAUCUAUACAUUCCGCAGCGAGAACUACAACCAGAAGCGGUCUUGCGCCUUUAGAUGAAGAAGCCGAAUUACAAGCCAACAUGCGGUCCCUAAAAAUCAUUGCGGACUCGAACUCCGACGCUAUAGCCACAGUACCACUGAGGUCUACCCUCCCACCACGCACUUUACGCUUUCCAUUUUCCAAACUUGCUCAACCCUGCGAGGAAGCCCUCCUAGCAAGCCAUCUCCCCGCCUCUGAACUCGAUGAUGAGGAACUUCCCAUCCAUAUUCUCCUCUACCAAGCUCUACUCCGUCUUCCAGUGGACCUGCGUUCUGUUUGUAUGUCAAGAAUCGUUUUUGUUGGCGGUGGCUCAAAUGUCCUUGGAUUGAAAGCGAGGAUUUUAGAUGAAGUAAAUGCGCUCAUCGACCAACAAGGUUGGGAUCCCGUGCGGGGAAAAGCAGUCUCUCAAUACAGAUCCAACCCUAAACUUAGUCGACCCCGACAAUCUGCGUCUUCACCUACAGAAAUCCCAUUAUCCCCUCCAGACUCACCAUCCUCUCCGACAUCGCCGACCUCGCCGACCACACCACGCCCCCCUGUCCAUAUCCCCGCGGGUCGUCGAUCCCCCGAAUCUGACUCGAUAGCAGCUACUAUCUAUGCCAAAUCCGGAAGAAACAAUAUCCAGGAGGAACGGGGAACCAUCAGAGCAGUAGAAAGUUUAGGAGCAUGGUGUGGUGCGAGUUUAUUAUCACAGCUGAGAAUUCCGGCUGUGAGUUCUGUCGAUAGAGAAGUUUGGAUGCAGUACGGCAUGGCUGGGGCAAAUAGGAAUGCAGAAGUUAGUGUUGCUGCAGGAGCGGGAGGGAGGGGCAGUAUGGGGCCAGGAACGUUUAAAAGUGGAGUUGGUGAAAGAGGAAGUUGGACGUUGGGAUUGUGGGGGUCGUAA